AUGACCACGGGAAGGGCAGAUGCCGACGAUGACAUGACGGAAUUAAAAACUGGUAUUCUUUCCAUCGAGGCAGCUGGCGAGGCGAACACACGAACAGGCACCUGCAGUAAUUAUGGGUUGAAAGGUCUAUCUCCUCGGCGACUCGAGACGAAAAAGUCGGGUCUUUCGUGGACGGCAGCAAUCAUUCUGAAAUCCUUCAUAGGUGGCGGAUUUCUCUUCCUCCCUCACGUGUUUAUGCGAGGCGGGCUCAUUCUUUCCUUUCUCAUCUUUUCCCUUGUCUUCGCAGCGGCGCUCUAUUGCAUGAUUUUGCUGGUUCGGUGCUGCAGACCCGGAGUCACGAAUACAUACGAAGAACUUGCUGAGCAGACAUAUGGCAAACGGGCACGGCGAAUGGUUGAGUUUUGUGUCGUCAUAUCUCAGUUGGCGUUUUCAACUGUCAAUAUCGUGUUGGCUGCGGGGAAUAUAAGAGAUGUCAUUUGGACAGCAAGUGGGUGUGACCCGAAAUUCGAAAUACCCACGCGGGUGCUACUCUGGGUGGGGGCUGUGGCCUAUGUGCCACUGUGUCUUAUCAGGCAGAUGAAACACCUUGCACCCAUAGCUUUUAUCGCCAAUGUUGGAACAGGCGUGGGAAUCAUCAUGUUGUUGGCUGCCCUGGGAUUCGAGCUAGCCGCCAGAAAGGAACCCGUGGAGAUCACCUUGUUCGACUGUCGAAAUUUCCCUCUCGUGUUGGGAACGGUCAUAUACAUGUGGGAAGGUACUGGCCUGGUGCUUCCGAUUCGAGACAACGCGACGAAAAAGGUGCAGGAGAGCUUCCCACGAGUUUUGUCACUAUGUCUAGGAGCGCUUUUCCUGACCUACACGGGGUUUGUCAUUUACGCGAAUUUCACGUUUGGCGUGCGUUUGGAAUCCGUAGUCCUCUUUAAUCUACCUGCCAACAUCCUGGGGGUCAGCGUGCAGGCGGUCGUCGCUUUUGCAAUUUCGUCGUCGGUGCCCUUGAUGAUGUUCCCUGCAUCGGCCAUCGUUGAGCACCGGUUGCUCAGUCGUUUUAAAUUUUCUUCGUGGACAUAUAAAAUUGCAGUGUGCAGCACCUUGCGGAUACUCUUGGUUGUCCUUAUCCUGGCGGCGGCGACAGUCGGCUUACAGCAGAUCGACAACUUUGUUGCCCUCAUUGGAGGCGCGUGCGGCGCUCCACUCACCUUUGUGUUUCCUACUCUUCUUCACAUGAAGCUGCAUCCUGAUGAACCAAAACUAAGGAGAUUCUUUCACUCCCUCAUCGUCGUCGGAGGACUUGGGGUCCAAAUAUUCUCGAUCUAUUGGACAGUUACUUCCUGGCGCGGGAUCACCGAGUUCCCCGCCAGGUGUAGCGCUUGA